AUGGCUUCACGUUUGAGCGACUACACUAGAAUGAACCCUCCAACGUUCUUUAGGUUUAAGGUAAAUGAAUAUCCUCAAGACUUUCUAGAUGAGGUUUAUCAGAUCUUGUAUGCUAUGGCGGUGAGUUCAAAUGAGAAGGACGAUCUAGCCAUUUACAAACUCAAGGAUGUGGUUAAAACAUGGGCUAACAAGGAUGGGGUGUCUAACCCUAAGCCUCAAGGGGGAAAAGUUGGUGGUUUAUCAAAUGAGAGCCCUAAUUGUGCCAAAUGUAGCAAGAGGAACUUGGGUAAAUGUUUAAUGGGUUUGACAAAUUGUUUUGGUUGUGGAAAGAGUGUCCAAAUGGUGAAUGAUUGUCCCAUCGACAAGACUCAAGAAAGGGAGGGUAAUGAAGCAGAAUCAAGUGGUCUUAAUUCUGAUGCUCCUAGGAAGAACCUCUUCUAUGCUCUCAAAUCUAGGGAUGAUCAAGUGGAUUCUCCCGAUGUUGUUACCGCUAUGUGCCAAGUAUUUUCAAGUAAUGUUGAUGCAUAG